AUGUCGGAAGCCAACGGAGGGAGCGACCAUGGAAAAUUUACAUCCGGGUAUGUGGUAAAUGGUUUGAGGGUGGGGGAGGCGGUCGCCCCCUCUUGCCCCCUUGAUCCAACACUGUGUUCCAGUGGGCAGGGAGAAAGGCUGAGGUCCAUUUUUGUUCUUGUUGCUCAAGUUCAAGUUUCUUCACUUGGAAACACACUUAAUGCUGGAAGUGCAUGCUUGCUUCCCAUUAUUGCUGCAAAUCAAGAGGCAGUGUCUGAAGUUGAGUUCGAGGAAUAUUUGGAGAAGGAUUGGUCAUUUCUUGAAUUUGAUGAUACAGAUACUAAUGCAGAGCAUAUGCAGAAAAUUGAUCGCAUCAUUUCUGCAGGAAACAUCAAAGAAACAUCAAAGGUUCUUGUUUCUGUUGGUUCUGAAGCAUUUGUAGAUAGGAUCAUUUGUUCUUCCCCUUGUGAGCAGUUAUUCGUUGUCCAUGACUCUCUUUUCGUUCUAGCAUGCAUCAAAGAAAGAUAUGAUAAAGUCAAAUGUUGGCAAGGGGAAUUGAUAGAUGCGCCUGAGAAAUGGACGGCUUUUGAUGUCGUAUAUCUGUAUUUCCUCCCUGCUUUGUCCUCUGAACUCAAUCAGGUUCUUGCAGCUCUCGCUAAGCGCUGUUUGCCAGGAGCAAGAGUAGUGAUCAGUCAUCCCCUUGGAAGGGAAGCUGUUGAAGAGCAGAAACAGCAAUAUCCAGAUGUUGUGGUUUCCAAUUUGCCAGAGAAAAUGACUCUACAGACGACUAUGGCUAACCAUUCGUUUCAAUUGUUGGAGUUCGUGGACGAACCUGGCAUCUACCUUGCUGUUAUGAGAUUCAAUUAGGAGUAGGA